AAAAGGUAAUCUAAUAAUUAAGUGAAAAUAACGAUAUUUCAGUUCAUGGAUCCAAACAAGUCAUCAGAUUUGUCCAAACCAAGAAACUCCAAACAAGUACUACUACACAUAGUUAAAAGUUAUUAAAGAUUUGACCUCGGGUAAACACAGCCCUCGAUGGCUCGAUGUUUGGAUGCAAAGACGUGCAUAUACCAUGUAGUGAUUCACGUACAAAACGCGUACUCAUAGAUGCAUCAUGCAUGAACGGAUGCCGCAGUUUUUGGGCGCUCCGCUGUGGGCUGGAAUGGGCCGCCCAAACUGGUCUGUCACGUGACUUUGGUUGGGCUACCGUUGGAUCCGCAACGACGAGCCGUGGUGACUGCGCAGCGACGUCCGAGGGAGGGAGCGACCGCUGGUGUGCGGAACACACUGUCGGCAUGGCCGCCGCCCUCCGCCUGCAACGCCAGAGUCUCGCCGCCAGCCCCUUUCUCUUCUCCGCCCAUGGCCUCCGCACCGCAAGCUCGAGGUCAUCCUCACUACGGUAACGCCUCCACUCUCUCUCUCUCUCUCCUCUCUCUCAGUCUCUCCCCGUUUAUUAAUACUACGGUGGGUGUGUGUUAGCCAAACGGUCGUUUAUUUCAGUUACUGCGAGGUUUUUCUGAUCUAGUUUUCAGCUGUGCUGUCCUGGGACGGUCGCAACUCACUACAAAAGGGAAAAUAAUCGGAGUUUGUUUUCGAGCCAUUUCGUAAUGAUGCACGGGUAGGCUGUGCAACUCAUGAGCUAGAAAUAUUUUCCGAUCUGCUUUAUUGACGGUAGAAAACUUGAUUGAAAUGGCUCUUUAUGUCUCUCCAAGGCCAAAUAUCAGUUACCAUAUCUUCAGUUGAUAUGUUUUUGGUCUAAGAACAUAGACGGGUUAGACGGGAUUGGCAAUCACGAGCCUAUCAAGACAAAGGAUAAGAAAUUUUACGAGAGAUCUGAACGCUAGCUUUAUCAAACUCCUCAGCGAAUUAAAGGCUACCUGAAUCUGGCCUCGGAAAAAAUCAAAUAUCAGUUAACAUAUCUUCAGUUGGUCUUUUCUUGGUAUAAGAACAUUGACGGGUUAGACGGGAUUGGCAAUCACGAGCCUAUCAAGACAAAGGAUAAGAAAUUUUACGAGAGAUCUGAACACUAGCUUUAUCAAACUCCUCAGUGAAUUAAAGGCUAUCUGAAUCUAAGUUAGGAAGCAUCGAGAGAUCACAGUUAUAGUCAAAUACUAUUCUUUUCUCAGAUAUCGCUUUCAAGAAGAAAAAAAAAACACCGAGCACACUUCAAAAUUCGCUUUGGCAAACAUCUCGGAUGAUAACUCGUGAGAAGACUUAACACCGGUCAAGCUCCACUAGUUUUGAGCAUGCAUGCAUGGCGGUGGUCUCUCCAGUCUCCCCGUGAUAUAAAUUCUCUAGUCUCCACUCUCCACUCGUUGUUUCCAUGCAUCGAAGAAAAAACAGGAGGAGAAUACGUCUGAUUUGGCAAGUCUUGUUGGCCGCAGCGACGACCGUAACAUCAGAAUGCUACUGUUGCCCUGAGAUUCCAAGACCAGGUCGUCCUUCUCCUUCCACUAGCUAGCAGAAUGCUAGCUUGCCCCACGCAUGACGCAACUGCAAGUGAGAUUUUUUUUUAUUGUUUUUUGUUUUCUUCUGGCGCGCGCUAGCUGUUAGCGUCUCUCAGCAUAUAAAUUAAUUAAACCAGUCUAUAUCUAUACUACUUAUUAAAAAGGCGCGCAGAAAAAAAAUCAAACUGUGGCUGCUCAGGAAUCAAACCUUGGAUCUAUUGAGCAGAAUGCUUAACCUUCCACCCUCUAGCCAACGUGACUCAUAUUGAAUUGUGUACAACUUCAACUAAGACGUCUUUUGUGUUUAACCCGUCUCUGUAUGCUCACUGAGUCUAAAAAAACAUUUACAGCUUGGCUCUUGAUCUUUCUGAAAUUUGGGACGCAGUUCAGGAAAUAAAGAAAAUACGGAAAAAGAGUUUAGAAAUUGAUUUUUAGUUUAAAAAUAAUUGUAAAAACCCAUUUAAUUCAUGGGAAUUUCAUAUUAAAUCCAAAUGAGUUCAUUCCAAUUUCUAUAAUUCUAUAAUAUUAUUUUUUAUCAUAUAAUACCUCUGUUUUGUCAUGAAAACAACAAUAAAAUUAAUUUCCUAAUUAAUCCUAUAUCAAAUACAUAAAACUUUGGAAAUUCGUAACUUCUCCAUUUUAAUUCCAAAUUGAACCGUUCCAGUUGUGUUAGUCUUGUAUGAAUAUUUACUACGCAGUAACAACAUUGAUUAUACCAUAUUUCAUACUUUUAUAAUUAGAUAUUUAUUUAUCCUAUGUUAAUUGGGUUAAUCUAUGUCUAUUGGAUUAAUUUAUUUAAUAUAUUAAUAUAGUAUUCUAACUUUAUGGUUAUACGAUAUUUGACCAUUAGUCUUGCAAACACGCACACACCUACCUUUUUGUUUAAGCAAAAGCGUAUGGUGGUACGUGUCCGAUGACUAACGAUGUACGAGGGAAUUUCUUCCGGUAUGUGUGAAACGUGCUCUCCAAUAAUGAGACCAUGUAAAUUGUGACAUGUAUCGAAGUCUGCAUUAUACUGAUGGUUGCAAUGUAGUGGUGAAACAGAUAGAUUAUAAAUAACAAAAUUUAUGUAUGGCCAGAAUCACAAAUUGAUUAUGAAACAUUUUCUCAUAACGGUAUAACACAUAUUUUGUAUAUAAGUUAUCGUAGUAUAUUGGUAUUAUAUAUUCCCGUUGCAACGCACGGGCAUUCAGCUAGUAUAUGUAGACACACACAGCACACAGGAAAGCACACCAUCUUCUGUCUCCAUAAACAAGGCCUGCAGCGAUGUGCUCCACUGCAGUGCUGCUAGUUCGCACAUGCGUUGUGCUUGUGUGUUUGGCCGCCUUGGCGCGAGCGCCGGCCAAGGUCCAUGCUGCCGCCGGCACCGGGGAUGGGCUCCUUGCUAUCCCUACCAACGCCUCCCUGUCGCACUGCCCCUCUUGGUGCGGGAAUGUCCAAAUUUCCUACCCGUUCGGGAUAGGGCCGGGCUGUUUCCGGCAAGGCUUCGAGCUCAGCUGCGAUCGCACAACUCCUUCUCCCAGGCUCUUCUUCGUGUCGGGGAACAGCUCGAUCCGGGUGACUUCUCUACAUGUCCGCGGCAAUUGGGUUAUGGCUUCUGCUGUUGGGUACAACGUCACCAUGAGCGCAGGCGUGGACACCUACACCAAGUCUUGGGAGGCCCCUACUGCCACGGGUGUCAGUUUUUAUCCAGAUUAUAAUAAUCUGUACACUGUUGGAUGUGGUGUCUACGUCUACGUGUUCGGUGAUAAUAUGACAGAUAUCAUUGGUUCUUGCACGAGUAUUUGCACAGAUAACAGAGAGAUCAUGGAGAGCGCAAACACUGGUUCUGGUGCCUGUGAAGGGUUAGGCUGCUGCAGCAUUCCAAUACGUGGCGGCCAAGGCUUCACUCUCAAACUAGGUCGCCUCAAUAGUACCAUUCCACAGUUCGGUGAAGCGCUCUCCAAUGUCAAGAUUAUCUUUUCGCAAAACUAUGACUUCGUUACAGAUGAUGUUUACGCAAGUUGGGUGGUGAAUACAAGCAAUGUUCACGGCAUGCUACUUAACAUUGCAAUCACGGACCAACCAAGCUGCGCGAGUGCCCAGUCCCAAGAGAACAAGGAUACCUACGCAUGCAGUAGUGAAAGCAUCUGCGACGACGAUCUAUCACCAUCAGGGUUUAACUUACCGGUAACCAAAAAAAACCGGACCUCACCGAGAAACGCGUUUCUCGGAUUUCUCGAUUUUUUUCGUUUUUCUCAAAAUAAUUUCGGACAAAAUUCAGAGAAAAAAAGUUCAAUUCAAUCAUAAAAAUAUAGAUUAUUUGUAGAUAAUGGCUAAAAGAAGUAGAUGGUAGCGUUUUGGACCUCUUCUUUGUAGCCUAAAUACAUAGUUGUAGGUUUGGACGAACUGGAUUCAAAAUCGAUGAAAAUUUCGGCCGAUAAAUAAAAAACCGGAUCCCACCGAUAAACGUGAUUUUCGGUUUUCUCGAAAAAUUUUCGCCGAGAAUGUUUUCCCUGAUCACCAUCAGUAUCUCAAGGAGGCUACAGUUGCUUCUGCCCUGGUCAAAUAGAGGGCAACCCCUAUAUUGAAGAUGGCUGCAUAGCAUAUUACAACCCAGAGGCGCCCAAUAGGAACUGUAUGAGAUUAUGUGGAAACAUAAACGUUCCAUUUCCUUUUGGGAUUGAAGAAGGCUGUUCCGCAAAUGAUAACCUACGACUCAACUGCACAAGUAACGACACUCUUAUUCUUGAUCGAGGGUACACACAGUAUCGUGUGACCAAUUUGUCACUUGAUGAUGGGCUUCUGAUGGUUACAAACAUGCUGAAUGACACAAGCUCCAACAAUAUGGAGAGGGUAGUCCUCGUUAACUAUGACGGUUACAACCAGAACGGCUUCUAUUCAACCGACUUCUAUUCAACCGAUGAGGACGUUGUGGAUGGUAAUUAUGAUUUCUCUCAGGAGGAUACAACAAUAAAAUGGGUUAUAGCAAACAUAACUUGUCACAAAGCAAUGCAAAAUAAUGCUACAUAUGCGUGUGUAAGUGACAACAGUAUAUGCAAAGAUGUCAUGCGAGGGAAUAUACGUGACGGGUACCGCUGCAAGUGUUCCAAUGGCUUCCAAGGAAACCCAUACCUUCAAAAUAACUGUACAGAUAUUGAUGAGUGCCUUAUUCCAAAUAAAUGCAAUGGAAUAUGCCACAAUGUUGAUGGCGGUUUCAAUUGUACAAGUUGCCCUCAUGGGAAAGAGUAUGAUCCAAAAAAGAAAAAAUGUGUCAUGUCAGCUAAGCAGCGUAUUCUAAUUUUUGGGAUUGUAAUUGGGCUUGUUUGUGGUCUUGGAUCCAUAAGUUUUGCACUUGGUGCAAUUAUACUCACCGGUAAGUGGAAAAAAGGCAUCCAAAGGAGAAUUCGAAGAGAGUACUUCAAGAAAAAUCAAGGUCUACUCUUGGAGCAACUAAUAUCGAAUGAAAAUGCUACAACCAAAACAAAGAUAUUCACUUUGGAUGAACUAGAGGAAGCAACCAACAAGUUUGAUGCUACUCGUGUUCUAGGUCAUGGUGGGCAUGGCACUGUUUACAAAGGGAUUUUGUCUGAUCAGCGUGUCGUGGCUAUAAAAAAAUCUAAAAUAGUGGAGCAAAUAGAGAUAGAUCAGUUCAUCAAUGAGGUUGCUAUUUUAUCUCAAAUCAUUCACCGCAAUGUGGUGAAGCUUUUUGGUUGUUGCCUAGAAGAUGAGGUACCCUUGCUAGUCUAUGAGUUCAUAUCGAAUGGCACUCUGUAUGACAUUCUUCAUGAAAAUAUUGCAACAAAAUGCUUGUUGUCAUGGGAUGAUCGAAUUAGGAUUGCAACGGAAGCAUCAGGAGCACUUGCUUAUCUACACUCAGCUGCUGCAAUACCAAUUUUCCAUAGAGAUGUGAAGUCUUCUAAUAUACUCUUGGACGACAACUUCACUGUAAAGGUUUCAGAUUUUGGUGCUUCAAGAUCUUUAUCCCUUGAUGAAACACAUGUGGUGACAAUUGUCCAAGGAACAUUCGGUUAUUUAGAUCCAGAGUAUUAUUAUACUGGUUCUCUAACUGAGAAGAGUGACGUGUAUAGUUUUGGAGUGAUACUUGUGGAACUUUUGACAAGAAAGAAACCAAUUUUUAUCAAUGAAUUGGGUGCCAAACAAAACUUAUCUCAUUACUUCAUUGAAGGAUACAGGAAGGGACUCUCGUGGAAAUAAUAGAUUCUCAAGUUGUGGAAGAGGCAGACCAAGAAGAGAUUAAUGAUAUCUCCUCACUUAUAGAAGCGUGCUUAAGAUCCAAAGGAGGGCAUAGACCAAGCAUGAAAGAAGUAGAUAUGAGAUUGCAAUGUCUAAGAACAAAGAGGCUACAGAAUAAAACACAUCUUUUGAUUGAAAAGGGUGGAGAAAUGGAACCUUUGUUAUUCGCAGAAGCUCAGCACCCACAUGAACGUAUCAAUCCAAUUUAUAAUGAGGAACAUUUAACAAUUCCAAUGAUGUCUGGGUGCUACAGUUUGGAGCAAGAACUUGCGGCAGCAUCUAGUAUGGUUCGCUAACCUUAGUAUUUGCUUGGAUGUUGGACACAUCUAUAGUAACCAUCUAUUUUCAGAGAGGAACUAUGGUAUAUUUUGUUCCCUUCGCAUAAAACUACGCCAUAUAUAUGGUGGGUUUAUGUAUAUAAUAUAUAUGACAUUGCUAUUGUUGGGGACU